AGCAAUAAAUAAAUAGAUAAUCAUUUAUAUUUAUAUUUUAAAAAAAGAGCAGUCUCAAAAAGCAGUGGAAAUUGAGGAUCCUUCGCUAAAUUCCCAAUUCCUCUGAUAAUCGCACAGCCACGUUCAGAUUCUUCAAUUGCAUAAUCCUUACACCGAAAAUGGAUUAUCGGCAGAAAAGAUAGCAGUGUAAGUAGAUUGAAGCAACCCUUUGUUUUUAAGCCAGAGGUGAAGGAGUUCUAUGGGAGCUAGAUUGAGUUCAAAUGGUCAUAAACUGGCCCACAGCGAGAGUAUUGAAGGAUCGCAGAGUGAGGCAUGUAAGAGACAAAGGACUUCCUCUUUCUUAUGGGACGACAAUCCCCGACUAAUUCCCAGCCUUCCGGAUGAGAUAUCAAUUCAGAUUCUUGCUAGACUCCCUAGAAUUUCUCAUUUCAAUGCAAAGCUUGUUUCAAGAAGCUGGAAAGCAACUGUAACAAGUGGGGAAAUUUAUAAAUUGAGAAAAGAACUCGGCACAACGGAGGAGUGGCUCUAUGUUUUGACCAAGACUGAUGGAAAUAAGCUUAUCUGGCAUGCCCUAGAUCCGGUGUCCCAGAUAUGGCAAAGGCUGCCCCUGAUGCCAAAUGUCAUUGCUGAUGAAGGAAUGAGAUGGGGUCUUUCUGGCUUCCGGCUGUGGAACAUGGUUGGUUCGAGUGUUAUUGCAGAUUCUAUUAGAGGCUUGCUUGGCAGGAAACGCUCAUUGGACCAGAUUCCGUUUUGUGGAUGUGCCAUAGGAGCUGUUGAUGACUGUCUCUACGUCUUGGGUGGAUUCUCCCGAGCUUUGGUCAUGAACAAUGUCUGGCGUUACAAUCCAAUUGUAAAUGCUUGGAGCGAAGUGACUCCCAUGACCAUUGGUAGAGCUUACUGCAAGACGGGUGUUUUGAACAACAAGCUUUACGUUGUUGGAGGUGUGACUCGUGGUCGUGUUGCACUAUCUCCCCUUCAAUCUGCUGAGGUAUUUGAUCCUUGUUCAGGGACAUGGUCCGAGAUACCUAGCAUGCCGUUUUCAAAGGCCCAGGUGCUACCAACAGCCUUCCUCGCUGAUCUGCUCAAGCCCAUCGCGACUGGAAUGACACCAUACAGAGGGAAAAUAUAUGUUCCUCAAAGCUUAUACUGCUGGCCGUUCUUUGUUGAUGUCGGAGGUGAGGUAUACGACCCAGAGACAAAUUCAUGGACUGAGAUGCCCAUGGGCAUGGGAGAGGGCUGGCCUGCGAGGCAGGCAGGAACCAAAUUGAGUGUCAUUGUUGACGAGGAAUUAUACGCGUUGGAUCCAUCGAGCUCCCGAGAUAGCGCUAGGAUCAAAGUGUAUGAUCAACAAGAUGAUGCCUGGAAAGUAAUUGAAGGCGAUAUACCGAUUCAUGACCUCACUGAUUCUGAAUCUCCGUAUCUGCUUGCUGGUUUUCUGGGAAAGCUGCAUGUGAUCACCAAAGAUACAAGCAAUAACAUCUUAGUUAUGCAAGCCGAUAGGAGGAAUAUAUUUCCUUCUGCACCUGCGCCUCCAUUGUCAUCAGCUUCUUUAGGCGAGUCCUUACGAGCAUUUUCUGAGACGGUGUCGGCCUCAUCGGAGAAUCUCUGGCGAGUGAUCGCUUCGAGGAGUGCCGGAACUACAGAGCUGGUUAGCUGCCAGAUCCUUGAUGUCUAGCUAGCUCUACUAGUGUUUAAUGGUGAAUCGGUUUUCAUAAUCUGCUAUAAAGAGUUAGUUAAGUAUACUAUUUUGUACUACUUGAAUAUCAAUCUCCUUAGCAUAGUGAAAGCAUAUAUCCUUUUGAGUGGUGUCCAACGUUAUUAUUAUAUCUUUUGUAUUGAUUGAUGUUGAUAAGUUCAAUCUUGAACUUAGAUGUAAUAUUCCAAGAACAUCAAGAUUCUAUUUUUAUUGAGACAACUGUUAUACAUUGCA